CAUUUAAUCCACAGGUGCGGAAUUUGAAUGCCUGGCCAUGGUGGUGGUGGUGGUGGUGGUGGUGGUGGUGGUGCCAAAGGGAAGAGUGCCAAGGCUUAGGAUUCAGUGCCAAGGAAAACCGGGAGUGCCAAUUUUGAAGAUCAUCCUGGGUCACGAGGGAUCACACGGGGUCAGGUACUCACCCAUUGCUGGUCACCUCUGCCUUGUUGACGCAGACGGCGGUGAAUCUGUCCUGCAGGAGGCAAACUUCCUUCCUGCCGCACCUCAGCAGGCCGCACAGGGCGUCUGGAAUGGCACAGCUGCUACAACAAAACAACAACAACAACAACAACAACAACUACUGUAGCGAAGAAAACGGAGAAUCUUAAGCUGAGGUGCUGGCGAGCGAGCGAGCAAGAGGGAGGACGGAAGGUACAGAGGUGGGAAGUGAAGGGAACGAGAGGCAAAACAUCCCACGCGUUCCCAAUUGUUUUCUUCUGGCCUGCGAUGUCACAAGAUCACAUUAAGAAGGAACAAGGCAAGCUGUACGUUCCCAGGCGCAAAGGGGACAGUGAAGGAGCGAGGUGGAGUGAGAGGACGAGGGGAAAAAACAAGAGAAAAUGUGUUGGAAGGAUUGAAACAAGAAGAGGUGGUGGAAGAGAAGGAGGACAAGAUGUGUGGGUGCUAAGGUCGUCUGUCCAGUCUCUCUAUGGGGAAGGAUAACAACUGAUCUUCUGAAGGCUUCCAAUACUCAGGGACGAGGGGUGGGUGUUCUGAGUGUGUUCCCUGACCUGGUAACACUGCCGAGGGGGAUGGAAAGGUGAGCUUGGUACCUGUGUGUGUAUAUGUAGCACAGUGUUGCCUCGUACCUGUGAGGCGUUUCCCCGCCCCUGCUGCAUCCCCCGGUGGACUCAGGCUCGGGGGAAAGCACGUGCUGAGUGAACUCAUGAUGCAGGAUGGACACAGACUGCCUACAGGAAGAGAUUAGUGUUGCCCCUGAGAGGACGCCAGCAGUGAGCACCAGCCCUGAGCUUCCUCGCAGAGAAGACAGGGAUGCCGGAGGGACACAGCACAGCACACACCAAUGGAAUGGCAAGGGAGAGGGUGGGGAGAUCAGCACGGCGUCCCGGAUAGAGGCGGCCAAGCGCUCCCUAGAGAAAGCUAUGAAUGGGGACACCACAGGGAGGAGCACCAAGGAUGAGGAGGACUUCCCAUCAGUCUCAGAAGUAAAGGCACUGAGGGAAGCUGGCCUCACCUCCUCACCCUCUCCACAUUUCAAAAGCUCGUACGCCAAGUCAUUGGCGGACUCAUACAGACGUGCAAGCAUACCUGUUGUCAUAUCGUCUCCAAAAGGACAGUUCUACUUCAAAAAUGACGAAUUUUUGAGCUUAAGUUCAAGACCAGUGAGACGUACAGACAGCAGCCAUGAAAAAUACCACAGCUUUAGCAUGAAUGGUGACAGCAAGGCAGUGUUGGCUCAGAACCAGGAGCCCCAGUCACUCCCUCCCAUCAUAGACUCACAUGAAUUGAAAAAACACCUGGAGACUGAAAAAAGCAAGGGAAAAUCAAUGCAUAGCUUCCCAGACAACGGUGUGUUUGGAAGACUCCUGGAGCAAGAUGUGUUUGUGCCUCAUGAGAAACUCCAGCACAUCCAGGAGGAGGUUGGUGGCAGCCUGACCAUUGAGGACUGGAAUAAUCUUGGCUCUGUCUCCACAAGUGAUGGCAGGAAGCUUGUGAAACUCUCAGACAUAAGUGCACUACUGAGGCAGCAGGAACAGGAAGGCAGGACUCAGAAUGGCCACUCACAACUCACCGGUUCUGGAAAGGACUCUCAGGUGGAGAGCCUGCUGGUAGAGCGUGGCCAGCUGGGGGACAGAGUGGACCAGCUCUGCCGUGUCCUGGCUGACCGGGACUCCACCAUUCAGCAACUGGAGGAGGACCUGCUGCGGGUCAGAAUGGAGUGCCAGCGUCUUAUGGUGGACAACCGCAGCCUGAAGAGCAGCGUGGGGCCAGCAGCCAGCCAGACACACCCUGCAGGGACAGACUCCUCUCCACAGGUGUCACAGCUCCAGCAGCAAGUGCAACUGCUUACUGCACAGCUCAGCAAGGCUGAGCAGAGCCGCCACACAUAUGAGGCAGCCACCAGGCAGCUUGUGGACUUCCUUCAUACUGUAAACUCCACCCUGAACAAUGCUAGCCACCUGUACCCUAGCCACAGUCCCACCAUCAGCCCCACGUGCUCCAUCAACUCCUCUGCCAGCACCACCACCACUAAGACCUCCUCAAGCGUCCCUGCCGAGGCCGAGGAUGACCCUCCCUACAGGUUGGGUCGGCCCAGCACACCGCCAGUGGAUGCACCUGCCUCCCACUCCACACCAGCACACAGGAGGAAUGCAGAGGCCAUGAAGAAGGCAGGCAGUGUGUGGGCACUGCCGACUCAUAACCAUCAGCACAAAAAGGUGAGCCGGGCUGCCAGCACCCAUUGUGUAGCGACUGCUGCCUCAAGCUACCAUAGCGAGCCCACAGCAGCAGCAGCCGCCUCCCCAGGGCACGAGAGAACACGGCCCCUCACCACAGACUUCCUUGCUUCCCGUGCCAGGGAACUCCUCACCUCACUCAAGUCUCUCAUGAGAAGCGACAGUGUUUUGAAGCUCAACUUGGAACCAAAGAAAUCAACCAGUGGGAGGAACAGACACAGCAGCAGCAGAAGUGCAAAGACUGACAGCACUCCUACACCUGACACUGAGGUGCCAGCCAAGACCCCCACUAUCAUAACAAACCCCCAGAGUGAUGAGGCUGAAGGCUGCAGGCGACCCACCACCCUCAGCCUGCCUGGUGGUGUGGUGGGGAGGGAGAGAACCAACACCAUGCAGAGUGAAACCAAUGCUAGUCCAACAGUAAGUCAAAACCCUGAUGCCGUGAGUACAGCCACAACGCCACCCCCAAGAAUUGGCACGGGUAAGACCAGAGAAGACACACUCCUGCCCCAGACGUCUGCAGUGAAUGGUAACUCACAGCCACUAAGGCAUAUCUUACACCAUGGAACAGAGAAAAAAACUGCUGAACUAUAUACUUAUAAACUACACCCAAAAUGAAGAUUGACUUCUGUCAUUACACAAAAAACAACACAGGCAUGGAGGUGGUACAGAGAUAUUGUCUGUACAAGGAGCUGUUGGUGAAGCUGGGGCUUGAAGAUUACCACCAAGGCUUACAAAUAGGGAUUAUAGAGGAAAAGUGCAACAUAACCACUGUCACAUGCUCAUGCACUCACCCGCUCACUCACUCACUCACACUGGGAGCACUUUUCCUACUAAUGUACCUAAGGUGGACUUUUGGUUUUAGUCAUCUGUACAUUGUUUUCUCAGGAAACUGUGGCUGUAAUGUGAUUAUUCAGAUAUACAUUAUGACUCAGAAGUGGCUCCUAAUGGCCAUUUUACUGCCACUGUUCCUUGAAAAACAAUCCAAAGGAGAUAACAACCUAUCAUAUGAAUCUAGGACUCCCUUGAUGGCUCACAGGGACUUUUUCAUCAGGGAUAAAGGUGUUAUUUUCUGCCAGCCUAACCUUGGCCAGGAUAAGCUAAGCCAUUGCAGGACAGUGGACAGCAAGACUCCUCUUUGGCCUGCUGCCUUAACUCUCUGCACAUCUCCCAACAGCCUCAUGGUGGUUGGUGAACACCCCUGCACCUCAGGCGACAGCCGCUUCUCUUCCCUCCCAAUCCGCAACCACCUCUCAAGAACCCUCACUGACGCGGACCAGCGGCUGGUGUGGGUGUAACUCAGACCACGGAUGUGUGGUGGUGGUGGUGGUGGUGGUGGUGGUUGCCUCUUAAGCAUGAAUCUCAAGGGCUGUGGAUGGUUUUGGACUGACAUGUGUCCAAGGUGCAGCAUCCUUACCUGAAUCUCUCAGUGUUAUGGCUGCUUUGGUGUUUAACAUUUAUGGGUGUCAUUUUUUGUCACCUAUUUAUUGAUGUUAUAUUUAUUUUCACUAUAUGACCUUUGCUGCACACAUAGGACUGUCUGUCUGUAUGCCAGGAUGACAUCCCUCAGAGGGGCAUUGCUGAGAUCAGGAAUACAGUCACAGAAUUUUACCAUCACAGCUCCAAUGUGUGGCCAGGCCAUGUUCCUCUCACCACAGAGGGAAUGGCAGUUGUUACUGUUUGCAGGAAGUGCUCCUUGCAGCCAGUCAUUGUCUCCAGUUGGUACUGGGUUGUGGUACUUCAGGUUUCUGUUAGGAAAAUUAAGUUUGUGCUCAUAAAGUUUCUAGAACAAUCAUGGGUAAAGUUAACCUUAUGUUCUAAGUAUUUGUGUUUUAAUAAAAGAAGAAUUGUUGCUGUUCAGAAUUAAGGUUUGAACAAAAGAAAACAGUGCUGGUCCUCCUAUCUCUCUGUGCCUUGCUUCUGUGCUGGAAGACCUCAGCAAGGGAUGACUGUGGUAGAAGUGCUGCCAAGUUACCUUGCUUGUAUCUCUUCACACACUACAUCACACCUCACCUCUCCCACCCUCUGUCUGUCCUCUUGAUAUGUUAUUAUGCUGUCCUAUACAUUCCAAAGAUGUCUCCCACUCAUUUUCCCCUUUUCUUUAUUCCCAAACAUCAAAAAAAAAUUGUCUUUAUCCACCCUCUAGAUACUACACCAUCCCAUAUUAUUAUUUUCUUUUCUUUCUGCAUUCAUUUUAGAAUUCCUUAGCUUCUAAAGGAUAUUCAUCCAUAUUUAUCUCACAGACUUCUCUUCCACAGUGGACAUUCAGUUUCCCAAUGGCUGACCAGCUUUCUUAUUUGAGUUUUAUAUUCCAUUACUUGAAAUAAGCAAGGGAGGCAUGAACUGGAAGUGAGGUGACAUCUGCCUCACCACACAGACCAAGAGCACAUUAGAAGAAUGGUUUUCUGAACAUUUUUCAGCUGACAUUCCUGUUUGUCUCAAUCAUUACAAAUAAUUCAUUGGCCAGUGAGUCACAGUGGAGUACCAGACUCAUUUGAGGUAUUGAUCUCCACUUGUAGUGAAUGCAGUUCUAAGCAAGUCUGAUGUUGUCAUGCUUGGUGCAGGUUUCAGAAUUUUUAUUUCACCUGGCACCUGAAAGUGGUGCAUGCCUCUUGUACAGGAAAGGAAAAAAGAUUAGGAUGGACAGGAUGUUGCAAUGAGACAGCCAAGAGUACAGAUUGUCAAAGGCAUGUGUACUUAUUGUGUCUUCUUUAUGAAACUUCCAGAGCAGCUGAUGUCUUCUCUUCUGAUGGUGACUUCUGAACCUCAGUUCAGAUCAACUUCCAGUGACCUUAUAUAUACAUGUUUUUGUUUAUAGACUAAUUAUAAGAGUAUUUAGUUUCCUAGAAAGGAACAUACUGUAUGAAUACAAGAGGUGGACUGUGUACUUGGUUCUACAAAGCCAAGCCAAGGUGUGAGAACUUGUUGGUGAAGAUUUCAGUGACACACUGUGUGUCUUACUGGUGGUGUGUUGUGUUGGUACUUGCACUGCACAGCUGCUGAAGAGAGUAUCACCUUCCAUACCUAGGGCAGGUGGAUUAAAAAUGGGAGGUGCUCAGACACACUCAUGUAUUACUUCAGAUGAUACAUGAAUUCAAAAUUAAAUUCUCACAGCAAAAAUUACAACUAUGCCUUUUGCAUGGGAUUGGUUGGUCAUUACCCAACAGUGGCCAGAUUCUUGCCUGUGUGUGCCCCAGUACUUUCUUGAUCAGCUGUGUUGCAAUUAUUCCUUAGUCGUAGAAAUGUGAAACAUGUUAAGUUUUAUCAAGCUUGAUAUGAUGUUCAGCAAGAACUGAUUUUAAAAACAAAGGAUCUACAGUUGACAUGUAAAUAAAUGCAUAAUUUUAUUUAUGUAUUAUAUCAUGUAAGAAUGACAUUCUAAGACA